CAGCCGCUCCUCCCUCCCUGGGCUGCGCGGCUCACGCCUUCCUGUUAGUCCGAGCUGGGAGAAGUUCACUCCGAUCAGCUGAUCCCAACUGACAACAGGGAAGGAGGAAGCCUGCGGAGCUACAGAGGAGGAGGGGGUGGAGAUGUGGAGAUGAGGAUGGAUUCCCCGGUUUCCUGAGGCUCAGCACUGGCCCCCACUGGUGUCUCGCGAACCCCCAAUGUCGCCUGGCGGCGGCCGCGCCACUCUGUGGUGGCCUCUGAAAUACUGGCUUGAGGUUAAACUAUUCUGAAAAGCUCCUGACCACCUUAUUUCAUUACCAAAACACUGUGGCUGAGCCCUGGCAAGUGAGCCCAUCUCUAACAGGUCGCACCCAUCUCAGAUUGCCGUCCAGCACCCUUUCAAAUUCACUUUGACUACAGCUUUGCCUGCACUUUACUGAAGAUGAAAUUAUCAAACCAAGUCAACAUUGCUGCUGAUCCAAGAGUUUGAGAGGCAGAAAAUUAAAAAUCUGAAUAUUUGUGAGUGUGUAAAGAAUUAGAAUAGGGCUGUUUCUCUUUUUUAAGGGAGUUCCAAUCCCUGAGGUCAUUUCACGUGGUCCCUGGACUCAGCCGUUCCCUUCAUCCUUUGGGAAGGCUCCUGGACUCUUACAUGGUGGGUGUUUCCUCACCAGUUUGAGUAAUGAGUGCCCAAACCUCCCUAGCAGAGCAGGGCCUGAAUCCGGGGCUGGUGUGUCAGGAAAGUUACGCCUGCAGCGGGACGGACGAAGCCGUGUUUGAGUGUGACGAGUGCUGCAGCCUGCAGUGCCUCCGCUGCGAGGAGGAGCUGCAUCGACAGGACCGCCUGCGAAACCACGAGCGCAUAAGGCUCAAAGCUGGCCAUGUCCCUUACUGUGACAUCUGCAAGAGCCCCAAUGGGCAUUCUCCAGGAGUCAGGCAGAGGGCGUUUGUGAGGUGCCAGAGCUGCAAAAACAACCUAUGCCUGGAGUGCCAGAAGAGAACUCAUUCCGGGGGCACCAAGAGAAGGCACCCCAUUACCGUAUACAAUGUCAGUAGGAUCCAGGAGACCCUGGAGGCGGAAGAGAUGGAUGAGGAGACCAAGAAAAAGAAAAUGACUGAGAAAGUUGUGAGCUUCCUCCUCGUAGAUGAAAACGAAGAGAUUCAGGUAACAAAUGAAGAUGAUUUUAUUAGGAAAUUGGACUGUAAACCCGAUCAGCAUCUGAAGGUGGUUUCCAUUUUUGGAAAUACUGGCGAUGGAAAGUCUCAUACCCUCAACCACACUUUCUUUUACGGCCGCGAAGUCUUCAAAACCUCCCCUGCCCAGGAGUCCUGCACUGUGGGGGUGUGGGCAGCCUAUGACCCAGUGCACAGAGUCGCGGUGAUAGACACAGAGGGGCUCCUGGGGGCUACCGUGAAUCUAAGCCAGAGAACACGGCUGCUCCUUAAGGUCCUGGCCAUUUCAGACAUCGUCAUCUAUCGAACUCAUGCAGACAGGCUACAUAAUGACCUCUUCAAAUUCCUUGGAGAUGCCUCGGAAGCUUAUCUGAAGCACUUCACCAAGGAGCUUAAGGCCACCACUGCCCGCUGUGGCCUGGACGUCCCCCUGUCCACUCUGGGCCCUGCAGUUAUUAUUUUCCAUGAGACUGUGCACACUCAGCUCCUGGGCUCUGAUCACGCCUCCGACGUGCCGGAGAAGCUCAUCCAGGACCGGUUCCGGAAGCUGGGCCGCUUCCCCGAAGCCUUCAGCUCCAUUCACUACAAGGGAACGAGGACGUACAACCCCCCCACCGACUUUUCCGGGCUCCGGCGCGCCUUGGAGCAGCAGCUGGAGAACAACACCACGCGCUCCCCCCGGCACCCCGGCGUCAUCUUCAAAGCCCUGAAGGCGCUCAGCGACCGCUUCAGCGGCGAGAUCCCCGAUGACCAGAUGGCACACAGCUCCUUUUUCCCAGACGAGUACUUCACCUGCUCCUCCGUGUGCCUCAGCUGUGGGGCUGGAUGUAAGAACAGCAUGAACCACGCGAAGGAAGGUGUGCCUCAUGAGGCCAAGAGCCGCUGCAGGUACACCCACCAGUACGACAACCGCGUGUACACCUGCAAGGCCUGCUAUGAGAGAGGCAAGGAAGUAAGCGUUGUGCCCAAGACCUCUGCUUCCACCGACUCACCCUGGAUGGGGCUUGCGAAGUACGCCUGGUCUGGGUACGUGAUCGAGUGUCCCAACUGCGGUGUGGUCUACCGGAGCCGGCAGUACUGGUUUGGGAACCAGGACCCUGUGGACACGGUGGUGCGCACUGAGAUCGUGCACGUGUGGCCUGGGGCCGAUGGGUUUCUGAAGGACAACAACAACGCUGCCCAGCGCCUACUGGAUGGCGUGAACUUGAUGGCCCAGUCGGUGUCAGAGCUUAGCCUGGGGCCCACCAAGGCUGUGACCUCCUGGCUGACAGACCAGAUUGCUCCAGCCUACUGGCGGCCCAACUCCCAGAUCCUGAACUGCAACAAGUGUGCGACAUCCUUUAAAGACAAUGACACUAAGCAUCACUGCCGGGCCUGUGGGGAGGGCUUCUGUGACAGCUGUUCAUCCAAGACUCGGCCGGUGCCUGAGCGAGGCUGGGGACCUGCGCCUGUGCGUGUGUGUGACAACUGCUAUGACACCAGGAAUGCCCAGUUAGAUAUUACUGAGGCACAGGCCGAUGAUGAAGGUGGAACACUCAUUGCUCGGAAGGUGGGCGAGGCUGUGCAGAACACCUUGGGAGCCGUGGUGACCGCCAUCGACAUACCCCUAGGCCUGGUGAAGGACGCAGCCAGGCCGGCCUACUGGGUGCCUGACCACGAGAUCCUGCACUGCCACAACUGCCGCAAGGAGUUCAGCGUGAAGCUCUCCAAGCACCACUGCCGCGCCUGUGGCCAGGGCUUCUGUGACGAGUGCUCCCACGACCGCCGGGCUGUUCCCUCUCGAGGCUGGGACCACCCUGUCCGCGUCUGCUUCAACUGCAAUAAAAAACCCGGUGACCUCUAAGCCCAGCUCCCCCACAUCCUUCACGAUCCUUAGGUUCUCAGGGGUAGAAACUGAAGUCUCAGUGUGAUCGCUCUCCUCCCAGCCACCCUGGGUGUCCUCUCCUAGGGCCACUGUCCUUAGCUGGGGCAGGCCUGGUGGCAGGCUGGAAAGCGUCAGCCUCAGGCAGGGCAGCCUGAGCAGGGUGAGCCUGAGUGCAUUGCCUUUACUUCAGUUAAAAAUAUAAAGUGGGCCGGGGAGAUAGCUCAGCAGCAUAAGCGCCUGCCUGGCAAGCGCAAGGUCUUGAGU